AUGACUGUGCAUGUGUUUGGAGCCACCUCCUCCCCUGCAUGUGCGAAUUUUGCGUUGAAGGCCACUGCAGACAAGUUCGAGUCUGAGUUUGGAGCCAGAGCUGCACAGUUUAUUAGAGACGACUUCUAUGUCGACGAUGGUUUGAAUUCGUCAGUUGACGUGUCAGAGGCUAAGGUCUUGGUUGAAAACAGCAGAGGCAUGUGUGGGAAAGAUGGCUUCUGCCUGUGCAAAUUCAUGUGUAACCACAGAGAGGUAAUGAAUGGCAUCCCUGUUGAGUCUAGGGCCAAGGUUAUUCAGCAGUUAGAUAUCCUCCAUAAUGAUUUGCCGAUUGAACGGGUACUGGGGAUGCAAUAG